GAUGGCGAUAUGCGUUUUUCAGGCGAUGCUAUCAGAGUGACGUAUAAUGUAGUGGACGGGACGCUUCUUCAACAACAUCUCGUCAGCCACCUCGGUAGCUUCCUAGCGGAAACGUUCAAGCUGUUCAGACUGCUUCGGUCUAUAUUUACUUCUGUAUUUGGAACAUAAUUCUGUCUUUUAACUAGUUUCCCCAUUUCAUGUCAUAUUUCCGUUUAGUCAGGUAACGGUAGCUGGCUUGAUAAAUGAGCCUAUCACUAGGCUAGUCGCUAACUAGCUAGGUUAGCUGGCUAACAUCCCCGACCAUGAGCUCAGCAAGCUGCUGCCCUCCUGCUAAAAAAGAGGUCUGCUGGAAGGAGAAAGAAGGUAUUUGGCUGAACGUUGUCGUGAAAGAGGAGAAUGAAGAGGAGGAUGUCACAGUAAACGAAGAAGUAGAGGGUGAGGCUGUUACACAGAAAGAAGAGGAAGAAAACGAUGAUACUUUAUUUGGAGUGAAUGAAGGAGAGAUAACUGUCAUAUUGAAGGAGGAGGAGAGGGAAGAAGAGGAGGAGAGGGAAGAUCUGAGUAACACCAGAGAGAGACCAGACUCUCCUUCUGACAGCAGGAAGAGUCCUUCAGGGAAACCAGACCCGAGACGUCCAAACCAGCAGGACGACAUCACUGCUCCCAGUGUGGAAAGAGUUUUACUCAGUUAGGGAGCCUGAGAACACAUAAGAGAAUACACACUGGAGAGAAGCCUUACCACUGUUCCCAAUGUGGAAUGUCGUUUACCCAGUUAGGGAGCCUGCAAACGCAUGAGAGGGGACACACAGGGGAAAAGCUUUUCCAAUGUUCCCAUUGUGGAAAGAGUUUUGGCCAGGUAGGAAACCUGAACAAGCAUGAGAGGACACACACAGGUAAGAAGAUGUACCGCUGCUCCCAUUGUGGAGAGAGAUUUACCCGGUUAAGGUACCUGAAAGAGCAUGAAGGAAUACAUACAAAUACACAGGAGGAGAAGACAUACCACUGCUCUCAUUGUGGAAAGACCUUUUCCCAGUCAGAGAACCUGAAAACACACGAGAGAAUCGAGAGGCUGUGUUCUGACUUGUGUUUUUGACUGAGAAUGUGUGUGUUUGUUUGGGCUGUCAGACUUGAGUUCACUUUGUGUAAUGUUAGUGCACUAUUAUUAAUUGUGAUUAAUCCAUUGUCUGAAAGGGUUAAAAACACACUGAAAACAUCCAGAAUACAUCCUAUAUACAGCUACAAUCUACAAUGCCAUGUAAACACAAGAUGACAUUGAGGUUAAAUAAAGUGUGAUUUAUCAAUGGAACAUA